AUGACCUCUAAAGGUGCUUUCCAACCCAAACCAUUCUUUAGACAUCCUUCUGUCUGCAACAGACUUCCAGGUGCAGUUGCAAGUGCACAGCUUUCCUGCAAGAAGGAGAGACAGUUUUGGAUAGCUGGCCCUCGUCUUCCAAACUGGGCUUUGAGCACUUCCAGCACAGCAGAGCCCCGGGGAGAAGGUACAGAGGGAAAGCAGCAAACUGACAGAGUCGCUGUGUCUCGAGGCACUCAGCCUUCCCAGCCAUCACCUAGGCUAAGAGAACUCAUCCUUCCCUUAAAAGAGGAUCUCUGCUUAACAUUGCAGCCCCAGAAGACAACAUCAUUUACAACUGCACAACAGAGAAUCCUCUCUCCUCCUUGUUUUAACCAUUUGACAUGGAAACCCUUGUUUGUCUCAAGAGGAAACGUCCAAGCAGGUCAGCAAGAUGAACAGAAUCAGAAAUUCUUGCUUGGUUUUUGCUUGAUCCUUCUCUUCUCAAGAACUCUGUGUGUUCCUGCUCGCUGUUACCUUAGGCCAGCCAGAAAAUAUGGGUGCCUUUCAGACAGAAACCUCUAUGUUUUUGGUGCGGUGUGGAAAAAUGAAGAUUGUUUCCAGUGCAGGUGUAAGAUGGGUGCAAUGACUUGCUGCAGCUUGGUUGUAAUGCCCAAGAGAUAUGACAGGGUGAACUGUGUUGGCCUGUUCCACAAGAAGAGCUGUUCCAUCCGGGUGGUGAAGAAGACUAAUCCUGAGAUAAGUUGCAAAGUCUACAAUGGAGUUGGAUAAGACCACAGGAUGUAUUUCUCCUCUUUCACAACUACCCCAGAAGCUGAAUACUCUCUGGAUCUCUCCUUUAGAGGAAAGCAGCAAGCAGCAUGGCUUCAAGGGAAAUGAGUUUGCCUCAUGCCUUUCACAGCUCUAAUUGUGCCCUAUCUAUCUCAUUUCUGAUGCUAGGUGGUUUGUCUUACACACAUUUGUAACCAAACUUUAUCACAGGCUUUUUUCCUGUUGGGAUCCAGAGUUAAAUACAUUUUCACAUACAUCAAAUCACUGUAGUCACCCAUUGGUCUCCUUGAAAACAGAAGAAUUCAUGGUGUCUAUCAAUGUUUGUAAAUCUAAUUAUUGAUUUGGAAACCAUCUAGCUUUUAAAGUAACAGGUAUUAUAUUAGUUGUUGCCAGACACACGGACUCAUUAGGCUAUUACACUUAUUGACAUUCCUCCAAUGACAUGUGUGCUAGAAAAAGGGGAUGAAACAAACCAGAAAAACCUUGAAAGCCUCCCCUCACCUUGGUGCCUUGUGUAGGUCAAUCCAUGCAGUCAAUAAAUGCAGAUGCACAAGAGAACAUAUUCUCCAGGAGAUGACUGGUACAUUACCAAAAUGGCAAUCCCAUGCCUGAAAGUCCAACAUACUGCAUAGAAGUGCCAUAUAAAUAGCUCUGUAGCCUUCCAUGCCAGGGUAGAAUUUCCUGCAAUAAUUUUGUUUGGAUCAAAGUCCACUGACAAACAACCCCAUGAAAGCUGUUUUUAUAGGAAACCUAGACUAUAAAUCAUGUUUAGCCAGUAGACUUCAGGCAUUACACUGUGCCUGGUGCAAAGUCCAUAAAAGUAGUUAAUAUGAGAAAUAUCCUAUAAAAUCUAUUUAUACAAUAUUAAGAGUGUUGUACAGCUUAAAAGGCCCAGACAAAUAAUUUGAGUGUGUUCAGUUUAUUCAACACUGACGUCAUAUUGCUUUUCCUCAUUUGCCUUUCCUCUACCUUCCUGAAGUGUGUUACAAAUAAAUAUUUUAUCUGAUGCAAACAACAA